AUGGAUAGCGGUCUCUCAAGUAACUCAAAAUCAAAUUCCACCGGAAAUAUUACUCUUGAAUCUCUGUUGGAUGCUCAGGUACCCAAGGAGACUUCUCAAGGCGAUGGUAGCAAACGAAAACCCUCUGACUCUGAAUGUUACGUGCUUCAUCCUAUCCCACCAACCAAACGGUCGCGUGGGCAAAUUUCUCGACCAAAAGAGGCCUGUUUGGAAUUAAUAGCCAUUCUUCUUCAGCAGGACGUCAAUGGGUUCUUCCAUUUUGCUUCUAAAGAGGUGCUGUUUUCAUAUGCAUGUUCUAGCACACUAUACUACGCUGCACUUCGCAAUUUGCUAAUCGCGGUGAAGAAAGGUGACAGUCUCACAAAACUGAGCCUGCGUGCGUUGGAGCGCUUCGUUCACACCAACAAGGUAAAAAACGUGAAACACUUGCGUGACUACGUGGAGGAACUUUUUGGGUCUUACCAACAUGCUAAUACCCUCUCCUCGACGUCUACACCAUUGGAAGGUAGUGCAGCGGUCGUGGCUGAAGCCGCGCGCCUUGCCGCUCUCGCCAGGCGCUGGUUCGAGAGCAUUGGAGAGGACUCGAAGCUAAUGUAUGAACCCCUGUACGGCUCCGGGGCUUCCAACGAUGCUAGCGAGGUGACAGCACUCGGUCUUCUCAAUCCUGAUAAUCGAGGUCUUGUCAGUGCCACUGAACGUGUUCGUACCAUCGGAGAAGAGGUGGGUCAGUUGUCUUUCGGCACCCAUCUUUCACAAAACGGUGGCUAUCGCGAGGACCGUCGAAAUCGAGUGAUUCCCUAUACGUACCUCAACUACGGCCCGUACGCAAGUUUUGGGCCAACUUUCGAUAGCGGCGCCUCAAAUUGCAGUCCAGAAGCAAACCAACUCCUUCUUUCCACCUCCUGGCUUCCCGCACGCAUGCUUUACUCCUUGGAGGUGCGGGAGGACGCAGAUACGUUGGAUGAUGAAGAGGAGGAUUGUCCUUGGAGCCGUCUACGGUGUGUUACCGAGGCGGAGGACGACAUGGAAUUGCAGGCGUCACUGGCGGACUGCGCGGCGGAGUGGAAGGAGGCGCGUGAGGCCAGUCGAACUUUGGAGGCCAUCAUUCCACCCGUCAUUUGCGGGGACCAUCCCGAUGGUGACUUUAAACUUUAUCUGGCCAACGCCAUCACUCGCAAUCUCCCUGGGGUGUGUGAGCUAACAGAGGCUGAACCCUCUUCUACCCUUGAGACUCCUAAAACUGCGUCUGAACAAGCGCCACCGACAGCAGCACCAGUAGACGCGAGUAAGGAGGCUGAUGAGGCGAGGAAGAACGAGAAGAAGGAUGGAGAAGAGAGAGGGAACGAGGAGUUACUGGAGGAGUCCUCACGCCUACUGUGCGACCUCUACAACGCACAGCACCGCCGGCUAGGUGACUUUUCGUCUGCUUCGCUUGCGGAAGAGCGCAGUUUGCGGGCAUGCGGACGCGAGGUGCGCACGGCCAGGCGGCUGGUCGGCAAGCUGGUAUGCCUGGUUAGCCGCCUCACUCGCGGGCCAGGGGACAUUCUUACCUCACGAGAGCCUGUCCGGCGUGCCUUAGGUCUAGACCCCGCGACUCCUAUCCUGCUUCCCAAUGAGACCGUCGAUCUUUUCUCAUAA